CUUCCACCCACCCUGUGCAGUCCCAGCCCCCAACAACAACAACUUCCACUGCAACCCACCACCGAGAACAGAGGAAAGCAUUGGCAAAACGGGGUAGCGCAAGAAAAGGAAAGCGUCAUCGGCGUCAGCUAAUCAAGUCAGUCAUGGGGAGGUCGCCGUGCUGCGAGAAGGCACACACCAACAAGGGAGCGUGGACCAAGGAGGAGGACGACCGGCUCACCGCCUACAUCAAGGCGCACGGCGAGGGGUGCUGGCGCUCGCUCCCCAAGGCCGCCGGCCUCCUCCGCUGUGGCAAGAGCUGCCGCCUCCGGUGGAUCAACUACCUCCGGCCCGACCUCAAGCGCGGCAACUUCAGCGAGGAGGAGGACGAGCUCAUCAUCAAGCUCCACAGCCUCCUGGGCAACAAAUGGUCCCUGAUAGCUGGAAGGUUGCCGGGGAGGACAGACAACGAGAUCAAGAACUACUGGAACACACACAUCAGAAGGAAGCUCCUGAGCCGGGGGAUCGACCCGGUGAGCCACCGGCCGACGAACGAGCACGUGUCCAACGUGACCAUAUCGUUCGAGGCGGCGAGGGAGGAGAAGGGCUCCAUGUUCCGGCUAGACGAGCCCAAGCCUGCGAUCGGCCACGACCCCGUCGACUGGGGCCAGGGGAAGCCCCUCAAGUGCCCAGACCUCAACCUGGACCUCUGCAUCAGCCCUCCGUUCCAAGAGGAUCCCAUGAAGCCUGUGAAGAGGGAGGCUGGCGUCGGCGUGUGCUUCAGUUGCAGCCUGGGGCUUCCCAGGAGCUCCGAGUGCAAGUGCAGCAACUUCCUCGGCCUCCGGACAGCCAUGCUAGACUUCAGAAGCCUCGAGAUGAAAUGAAAAUGGAUAGCAUCCCCUGCUCCCAUUCCUCUCCCCAAUCUCUAGAUCCUUCGUUUCGUGACUUGAUUAUUGGUUAGAUUGUAGGUAAAAAAAAAUAGUGGGUGAAAGAGAGACAAGAAAAAAGAAAGAAAGGGGGUGAGGAUCUUGUGCCAUGUUUUGCCAAAGAUCCCGCCGCCCUUCUCUCUUGUUGCUCCAUUUUGUCUCUGUGUAAUUACUGUUAACUAAUCACGAGCAAUAAUAAUACUUGAUGAUAGGGCACUGUAGCUUAAGAGAAUUA